AUGGCAGUUGCACCACCACAUCUCCGCCACCUUCUCCGCCGUCUCUCCUCUUCUCACCCAUCAAUCUCCCUCUCUUCUUUCUCUCUCCUCAUUAAACCUGUCUCUUCCACCUCCAAAUCCCCACUAUUUUCCCCUUUUAACCUCAUCACCCUCCAAUUCACUUCCUCCGAACCCGAACCCGAACCCUCCCAAAACAAACCGUUUAGCAACAAACCCACCAUUCCCGAAUCUAAAGAUGUCAAGAACUUACAGCAAGUUUUCCAGAAAAUGAGAACAGAGGGGUUAAUCAGUAAUGCAGUCAAGAUGUUCGACGAAAUGUCUAACAAUGGUUUAACCCAUGAAACGUUGGAAAUGUUUAAGGAGAUUAAAGAGAAAGGGAAAUUGCCUGAUGUGGUGGCCCACACUGCUGUUAUUGAGGCUUAUGCUAAUGCUGGACAAUGCAAGGAAGCUGAAAAGGUGUUUUUGAGGAUGUUGUCAUCUGGGGUUCUUCCUAAUGUUUAUACUUAUAGAGGCGUUUGUGAGGGAGGGGAAGGAGUUGGAGGGAAAAGAGUUUUUCAAAGAGAUGAAAGGGUUGGGUUUUGUAGGGGAUGA